AUGCACACGCGCCAGAGCGCGACCUCAUCUCUCCUCUCGCCCAUAACAGUCUCUGCUUCCCAUUUCAAUUUCACUUUUCGAUCGUUCAAUCCACCAACAAUGUCCACAAACCAGCUCCGCUCCUUCUCGAAGCUCUCUCGCCCCACAACGAGCAAAGCCGUCAAACCCAUCGCUCGCCCCGCCCACCACAUGUCCACUUCCACGAAACCCACCCCCGCCCGCUCCAACAGCGACGUCGCGCCCCUUCACCCGCGACUUCCCAUUCCGAAGCCCGUGACCUCGCUCCUCCGCCCCAAGCUCUCCUCCUUUCGCGGCAUGGCGUCCGGACCCGCGCACCUCGGAUCCGGACCCAUACUCGCGAGGGUGAUGUCGGACCCCACGUUCCACAAAGAAGCCGACACGGAAGCGAAAGUCGCCAUCGAAAAGGCCGUCGCGGAGGAGAUGUUGCAGAGGUACUUCCCGGGCCCCCUGGGCAGGGUCGUCCGCAAGGGCCCUCUUCCCGCGACGCCGGCGGACACGGCGCCCAGGGAGCACACCGCCCUCUGGCAUGUCCUGAAGGAGGAUGAUGGGCUGUCGGUCGUGUAUGCCUACGCGCAUGCGGGCGGGGAGACGGAGGACGGGCUGAGUAUGUAUAUGCUGAGGCUGAGGCAGGUGAUUGGGGAGGAGAUCAAGGAGGCGGAAAUGGGGGGCAGGGUGAGGGGUGGGAAGGUGUUUGGGAUUGCGCAGGCGGGGAUGGAGGUGUCGUUCUUUCAGUAUGGGAGGGGGGAUUUGGGGGAUGCAGGAUUGGGUGGGGUUUGA